AUGUAGUCCAAUGAGGCCAGUGUUCAGUACAACCGCUGGAAUGAAGACAACAUGAACAUGCAAGUGCCGCAUUCACAGUCCAGACUGAUUGGUCUCUAUAACAGACUGUGCACCGGACGUCUUGGCAUUGUAAUGAAAGCGGCAGUGUCUUUGACUGUGAUGGUAGUUAUAUAUAUUGUUGGAUACAUCACAGGAUACUAUGCUCACCGAUGCUGA